AUUCUUACAAAGAAUAAUCCUAAAAAACAAGGUCAGAAAAAAAAAACAUAAAAUGGUUUUGUGCAUAUUCAGUUAUGGUGUUUAUUGGUCAUCUUCUAAAAUGAGAGUGUGACUGGUGAGGCAUCAUCACUUCUCUCUAUGCUGCCCCCGAUGGACGAAUCCGGAACUACCUGGAAAGUUCAUGAACUUGCUGGUGCUGAUGAACACACAGUAUAAAGCUAAGAGACUCACAGAACUGGAGUCAAAUCUAAAAGCCUUACGACGCCACCAGAGAGACAACUCGACCGAGGAGCAAAAGUAGAUCACAAAAGCCACUGAAAAUGUUGAGCCUGCAUGGAUUCCAGCCUUCCCUCAGCUCAUUCAUGGGAAUGGACUGGCCAGUGCGCAGUCUCUGGCCGGAGAUCACAUCUCUUUACAGACACGGAGAGCAACCGCAGGAGCUGAAGAGCAGCCUGGAGCAGCUGGAGAAACUUCAGCACAAGAUCUUUGAGGAGAUCCACCAGAUGCCACCCUCGCAGGAGAUCUACCCAGUCGCCUGCACAGUGGAGAAAGAGGGAAGAGGCUUUGCUUUGACGCUGGACACUAAAGACUUUUCCCCAGAAGAACUGUCGGUCAGACAGGUGGGCAGGAAGCUGCAUGUCAGCGGAAAGAGCGAGAAGAAGCAGGAGGAUGGGAAGGGCUCGUACUCUUACAGAACCCAAGAGUUCAGACGGGUGUUUGAUCUGCCUCAAGGAGUGAAUCCCGAGGCGGUGACCUGCUCCAUGGCUGAUGGAAAGCUCUACAUACAGGCACCAGUAAAUCAGCCAUCUGAAGCAGCUGAGAGGAUGCUGCCCACUGACUGUCAAACUGUGAAGACAACGCAGCCAGAGACAGCCGAGACACAACACGACUCCAGCGCCACACAGAAGAGCUGAAAGACCUGAGGACAAGACCUGCUCAACCCUGCUGGACUAUAUUACAUGAUGAUGUCUCAUUUUUUUUUUUUUUUAAAUAUAAAUCUUGUGUCUUUGUUUAUUGUUUUGUAGUUCAAGUGAUGAUUUUCUAUUGAACUGAAUAUAAAUAUAAUGACUUAAAAUGCAUCUUCCGUUGAUUUGUUCUUCUCUUCAUUGUAAAAAAUGUAAACCAAACCCAGAAAUCAUGCCUUUAACAGUGAAAAACUCCAAAACUCAUUUUGUCCGAAACAGAUUAUUAAACAUUAUCUUUGUAAAUACUCAUCUACAAUAACAAAUGCUGGAAAAUAUUUACAGUAAUGAAUAAAAUGACAUUAAAAUUUCAACUCUGACAUCGUCUUAUAAUGUUACAGUGGUAAAUGAUAAACAUCUAAAUUGAAAUCUAAAACUAAAAAGUGUAUAUUAAAAAUAUUAAAAAUUAACAUUUUACUACUGAUGGAAAGUCAGCACAUUUAGUCAGUGCUGAUGUCUGAUCUUUAGUGUUGGGCAGUUGGGUCACUACAAGUCUAGUGAAGCUGUUAGUUUCACUGCAUAUAGCGUUGCUAACUUUUAAAUGAUCUAGUUUUUUGGUAGGAGAGCUACUUUAUUUUUGUAGCAGC